AUGGUCAAGAGCAAGCUUACUCUUCAAGCGGCGGUGCUGGGUGCGAUUGUCCUGGCGUACGAUGCCACGCUCGUACACGCUUCACCCGUCGACAGGCGCGGCGAGUCAUGCGAGCCGCAAGUGCACCUUCUCUCACCACCUGCGCGUGGAGCAGCGGGGGCAUCGAUCGCGCACACGUCGUCGUUUGCAUCCUUCUCGUUCGAGCCUGCAUUCUGGGUCGAGUUCUUUGGCACCUACGCCUCGCCCAACCCGCUCACCUUUUCGCUGCUCGACCGCAUCUACGAACGCGGUGGUCGACCCAUCAUUCGGCCAGGAGGCAUCACGAUGGACUCGAUGAUCUUCGAUGCCAAUGCCACCGACCCCGUACGUGACACGAGUCCCUCAGGUGGCGUUUACCGCACCACCGUCGGGCCCGAAUACUACAAGUCGUGGAGCCAUUUUCCCGAGGAACUGCGGUUUGUAUCGACGCUCAACUUUGGCAAUGACAGCCUCGAUAUCGCGCGUGGGCUGGCAGAGGCGUCGGUCAAGUACCAGCCUCGACGCGUCGAGUAUCUGGAGCUGGGCAACGAGCCUACCAACUAUCCGUCGGCUAGAUGGGGCAAUUCGACCGCGGCGUAUGUGGCGCAGUGGAAGGACUGGACACGGAGCAUCGAUGCGGCUGUCAACACCACGCUUUCAACCGCAAGAGUGGCGGGAGAGGUGGCGCUGGCGGGCAAGAGGAGGUGGUGGGCAAGUUCAGCGACCACGGACAAGUCGGGGUUGAACGUUCGACCUGUCGACGUGAUUCCGGCGGGGAUUGAUGGAGAGGGGAGUGUGGCGCAGUACUCGAUCCAUUCUUAUCCGUUUGCGACGUGCGAUCCUGCACGUGCGGCGGUGGCAACGCUGCCGAAUCUGCUCAACCAUACGCGGUUGAGCGCGUACGCGGAUGACGAGAUCAUGCCCUCGGCCCAAGCUGCGCUCGACAGUGGGAGCGAGUGGAUCAUUGGCGAGUUCAACUCGGUCGCAUGUUCGGGUCAGCCCAAUGUCACCGAUACCUUUGCCCAGGCGCUGUGGGUGGUCGAUUCCGAACUCAUCUACGCCGUGCGAAACGCCUCCUCUGUCCACCUGCAUCAGGGAGCCACCUUGGUGUUUCAGUCGAGUCAACAGACCAACUCGGCUGCCGAUGAUGGCAAACCCGGCUUCUCGACGUACGACUUUGUCUACCCCGUCAACUCGACCAAGCGCGGAGAGGCACGUGCCCUACCCUCGUUUGUGGCCCAACUCUUCCUCGCCGAAACCUUUGCUGAGCCCGUUCGAGCCGCAGAAAUCCCGCCUCCCAACGGUGUCAACCCCGACUCGUUUGCAGCUUAUGCUCUCUACCAUCCGCAAUCGGGAAAGCUCUCCAAACUCGCCCUGCUCAAUCUGGAACCAAUGUACAACGCCACCGCCGAGAUCAGCCUGGAUCUUUCAGCCCUCAUCCCGCCCGGCGCCAGGCCAGCAGUCAAGCGCAUGACCGCCCCGACUGUCAACGAAGCCGACUCGGACAGAGUCACCUGGGCAGGCCAGUCCUACACCACCGGCCACCCGCACGGCCAUCUGCACAUCGAAUCGCUCCCCUCGCCUGCCCACUUCAAACUGCGAAAUAGCCAAGCAGCACUCAUCCUCAUCGACCCCUCCUCGGCCUACUCGUCCUAG